CCGCUCUUAUUCCCUCCCCCUUCUCUCCCCCUCUCUCUCUGCGCUAAUCUCACCGGAGGUAGCACGGAGAUCCCAAAUGGAGCAAAAGCCGGCUUGCGAUGUGUCGGUGCACUCCCAAACGGCGUCGUCUCCCUUCGAAUUGAAGCGGGAGUUUUCUCUUGGCGAGGCCUUGGAGUACUUAAUGGACAAGUCCAUGAUCGGUCAGGAGGGCGCUGAUACUCAAGGGCACCAGGAUGAAAAAAUGGACGAAUAUUGGGCGAAGUACCGGAAUUUCGCCAGUGCAGAUGUAUUUCCGGCGAUGUUUGCGCCGGCGACCUCAGCUUCGCUUUCAAAAAUGAGGAUAUAAUGGAUGGGUUUUCAAGCUUUGGUGAACUGACAGAGACCCUACUCUGCACUCAAAAUCUCACUCCAAAAAACUCCUGCAUCUCGGCAACCAUGGAUUCCCAGUCAUCGAUUUGUGUUGGCUGUCCAACAUCGGCUGCUAAACCGAUUGGCAGAGAUAACCAAGCAAGAGGAGCCUACAGUGGCUCAUCCGGAGAACAAUCCGAUGAGGAUGAUUUUGAGAUGGAAUUUGGUCCAUGUGGAGACAGCACAGACCCCCUCGAUAUAAAACGCAUUAGAAGGAUGGUCUCAAACAGGGAGUCUGCUAGGCGAUCAAGAAGAAGAAAGCAAGCACAUCUGGCGGAGCUCGAGUUGCAGGCUGAACAACUGAGACGAGAAAAUUCAACCCUAUGUAUGCAGCUUACGGAUGCUUCUCAACAGUUCCGUGACGCUGAUACAAAUAAUAGAGUAUUGAAAUCGGACGUGGAAGCCUUGAAAGCCAAGGUGAAGCUAGCUGAAGAUCUGGUUGCUCGGGUCUCGAUAACCUCUAGUUUGAAUCAAAUUCUUCAAGGUCAUCUAGGCACGCCGCAACCACUCAACCCUCACAAUGUGCGCGGGGUAGCAGCACACGUCUCACCAACCAUUACGGUUCACGGACAGGAUGCUCCGUAUGCUGGAAUUGCAGUCUCUGGACAGAACGCAGGCCUUGGACUCGGAAAUGCUGGUAUGGCUAAUAGCAAUCUGAGUAACCUGAUGAUGAGCGAUACUGUUAGCUGUGUCUCGGAUAUGUGGUGAUAAAGUAAAACGAUUGUAACGCCCGUAGCCCUGUCAAUUGGAUCGAAUAUGUCUUAUAAUAUGCUUUAGGCAGAUCUCUAAGUAGUUCUAAGUGUCUCCUUUUCUUUCACUUUUCUUCUUUCAUUUUUAUGGUUUCCUAGCUUGUUCUCAUGUAAAGUGUUGCAUUUUAGUGAAGAAAUUGGAAUGUUUUAAUUGUAACACG